AUGUUCGCUACCAAGGUCUUUGCUGCUCUCGUCGCCGCCUCCGUCGUCCUCGCCGCCCCCGCUUCUCAGCGAUCCGGCUCCGCCUCUGGCAGCCCCACCGCUUCCAACAGCGCCUCUGCUUCCGGAACUGCCUCUGCCUCUGACAGCGGCUCUUCUUCUGCCAGCGGUACCGCCUCUUCUUCCGCUGCUUCUUCUUCCGCCUCUCUUUCCUCUGGCGACUUCUCUGGCCAGGCCACCUACUACACCGUCACUGGUACCGGCAGCGCUUGUGAGGUGACCGUCACCGACGACGACUACAUUGUCGCCCUCAACCAGCCCCAGUACACUGAUUCCGACCACUGUGGUGACACCGUCACCAUCACCAACACCGAGAACGGUAACACUGCCACCGCCAGGGUCGCUGACGAGUGCCCCGGGUGUGACAGCGGUUCUCUCGACAUGUCCCCCGGUCUCUUCGGUGCCCUCAAUGACGACGACUACGACGAGGGAGUGUUCGCCAUCACUUGGUCUUUCUCCAGCUAA